AUGAUUUGCAGGCUACUUCUAAGCCUAAUCAUGAUGCAGAGUAUUCUUGCAAGAAUUGAUGUGGAAGACAUAAAAAAAGUCAGUAAGACCUUUGUUGGCGAGAAGCAGGAUGUGGCUAUUAACCCAAAAGGACCAUUGAAUCUGAUGCGUGGAUAUAUUGUAAACCGGAAUGGAUACAUG